AUGCCUCAGCUUUGGGAUUGUGCUGCGAGCACGGAGUCCCCAUUUGCUGCUCAUGACUUUGCCGGAGGAGCUCGGCUGAAGAACCGCAACAGCGCACUGGUGAGACCACGCCCUUUGCAUGCUGGAGUCGCCUUGCGUGCCCUGGCUGCGCAAGAGGACAACAGUGCCCAGGGCCGGCUCAAUCUUGAGGAGGUGAUUGCAGAAGCCGAACGGGUGCUGGAGGACAACGACACGGUGGAAGAGAUAAAAGCUGUCUUGAGAAUAGCGCAGAAGAUAUAUCCAGAGAAGUGGACCCUUUCAGGGAAGAAAGACGAGUUGCAACAAAAACUGCGCGAGUUUGUGGAAGAGGCCAAAGCAGCCUUGAAGGGCUUGGAAGAGGCCGUCGGUUCGUGCGCGCUGCACGGCAUGUGA